CGUCCCUUUAUUUGGAUUCGUCCUCCUUCGAGGGCGCUGCAAUUCGCAUGAGGUACCGCUUGUGCGCGUUACUUGUCGACCCUAGCUUCUUUUGCAGAAAAUAAGCUCAAAGAACCGCAUUUAGUGGGACAGAUUCAUGCCAGCGUCUGCCAAAAGAGAAUUAACAGCAUGGCAAGUGCAGACGACAUUGUGACUGUAAGCUUCGGUGAUGGCCAGAUGCACACAUACGCUCUGGACUCCGAUGCUCAACAGAUUGGUGCAGCAGGAAACUAUGGACAGCUGAAACCCAUAAUCAUGACCAUGGCAAACAUGGCUAAUGUGUCAGAGGAAGUGUCUGUGUCAACACAGGAACAAGAACUAGUGCAACAGGAGCCAGAUUUGUCCGACAACAUAUUGAGAAGUCAUCUGCUCUCCUCUAAGAUUGUACGAGAAAUGAGGAACCCACAGCUGUCUGAGGUGUUUGAGGAUGAAGAAACAGGUGUGUCUUAUGAAAUUCUGAGAGGUGGGACAAAGAGAGGCGGGGACCGAUUGCUUGACAGCCUGGGAUUCAUGUAUAACCAUAAGAGGUCCACAUUGUCUGUGACUCAGCAAGGCAGGAAGGACACAGUUUACUGGUGGUGUGCGGUGCGCAACUCAAAGCUGCGGUGCCCCGCGGUUGUGGUACAGCGCGGCAAGAGUUUUAUGCGUGGCAAACACAAACACGAGCAUCUUGUGGGCCAGAACACGCCCAAGCCUCACAUGCACAGGGUCGGGGCAUUACCUUCCGAUCCUUCCACACCCACAGGGCGGCGGGUGUCCAAGCAGCAGAAGCCAGUGUUUGGCAGGCAGGACUAUGUGAUCAUCAAGGAAGGCUCCAAGGCUGGCCUCGAUCUUCUCAAGGACAAGUUUGGAUACCAGUUCACACAGAAAAAGGUUCUUAAGGAUGGCAGGAGGUACUGGAUUUGCUCCGUACGUAACAAGACAAUACGCUGUCCGGCGAUGGUAAUACAGGACAAGAAUCAGUUUACAGAAGGCUCCUUGGAACAUAAACACAUGCCUGGAGUCAGCCAACCUCUUCGACCAGGGGAGGUGAUCCCCAGGCAUGGAGUGCAUCAGCAGUACACUGCCCCUGAUGAUAAUGAAGACGAGUAUGAGAAUGAAGAUGCAAGUGAUGCGGGCGAAUUAGACGACUCAUCAUUCAGUGAGACCCCAACACGAGGCAGUGGUGUCACGGGAAACUGGUCCAGUCAUGUUCCAAAAGUUUCACAGAAACAGCGCAUGUAUGCUCGUGCCAGAAAAAGGAAGGAUCAUCCCACGUUCCUGGGCCCGAGCUGCACCAUCAACCUCACCAAGUGUGAUGUGCCCACAUGUAACUGCAAGAUGGUCCACUGUCCGUUCUGUGACCCCAGUCACUUCAUACCUGCCAAGGCAGGGCGUGUACAGGAUCAUCUGGAGCUGACGCACUUCGCACACGGCGUGCAGUAUGAUGAUCUGAUGAUAGUGAAGUGUUUCCAAGACUGCAGUGCGGAGAGGACCUAUGGCCACUACCACUGCGUGUUCUGCUGUCAGCAGAUACUCAAGAGGAACGCAUACGCCAGACACAUGUUGAGGCAUAUGAGGAAACUGGGAAUACCAGACCGACUGUUAGUCCUCCCAGACUCUAAAUUCCCAGAUGUCAUCAAUGCUUAUGGGUUUGAGAUCCCAAUCUGUAAGAAGGUCCAGUGUACAGGUACACGUGACAAGCACUACCACUGCCCCCAGUGCCAGAGCCUGUGCAAGGAGCGCAGUCUCACUGUGAACCACUUGUGGAGAUGUCUACAGCGCAAGACAGAGGCAGAGGCAGUCUCAGAUGAAGAGGAAGCCAUGAAUUCUAUUGACGAAAACCAACUCAAUCUGCAUUUCUCUCACUACAAGAAUUUCAAUGAGUUGCCGCUGACCAAGUGUGAUCAGCCCAACUGCUGUAGUGGCAUGUAUCACUGCAGACUGUGUCCACCACGCCAGUUUGUACCCACCUACAAGCAGCAUCUUGUAGCGCACUAUAUCACACACUGGAAACAGAGGGUGCCAUAUAAAGGGUACAGCAUGCUGCGUUGUUUCCAGUACUGUAACGGCGUGGACCGUAGCUACCACAAGGUGCGCUACCACUUCCACUGCCCGAUAUGCUGCAAGAUGAUCCUCACCAAACCCUCGUUUGAGGACCACCUAAAGGGCUGUCAUCUGUUCAAGUUUGGAGAAAACCUACUACAUGAGAAAACUAAUGAGGCAGAUCAGUCAAUGGAAGACGACAUGGAGCUAGCGGCAGAAAUGUCCCAUUUCCAUGACAAUGUGGAUUACAUGGAGGAGAAGCUCACUGCGCAGGCUCAGGCACGGGCCCAUGAACGCAGAAAGGGCAGCGCUAAGGGAUGGACCUCCACUUAUGGGGGCAAGUUCAGAACCCCUAAACAGACCCCCAAUAAGGACCUCGGCAAGAUGUUGAAAGUGAUCAAAUCUGAGAUGUUGGCAGGGCAAGACACUUCACAUGAUGACACAAUGCAAGACACGGACCUGGAGGAUGACAUCUUUGGUCUGAACAUCAAGGCAGAUGAGAUAUUUGACAUUGGUACGGGGGUGUUCUCAGAGAAGCUGAUUAAAGCGCUGACCUCGGCCGCUUUGGUUACCACGGUACUGGAGAAGGUUGCCCUUCUCACCAACACUCGCCUUACCCAGGAGGACGGCAGGUACAUGCUCUGUGGCAAACUGGAGGACCUGCUGGCAGCAAAACAGCUUGUCAUCAAGACAAUUGAAGGUUCUGAGUCAGAUGCUGAGCAGGAAAUGCCUUCGUCCCCAGAUAGAAAGUCGGGGAGGUCUGCAAAGAAGCCUAAAAACUCAUCAGUGGAAGAAACCUCUAAAGCCACCCACAAAGGAAAGGAAAAAAGCAAGAAAGAAGCUGUUGUUGCGAAAAAAAGAACUCCUGGCAGGCCAAAGAAAAAGGCAGACAGCUUUCCAUACUCAGAAAUAGAAGAAAUUAUAGAAGCAUCUAAGAAAACGGAUAAAGGAAAGAAAGGACCCACUAGACCUCCCAAAAAACUACCACUUCCAAAAACACUGAAAUCGAAAGAGCCAAUCCAGGGAGCUGCUACGCCAACCACCCCAGGACGGUACGGAACAAGGGGAGUGAAGCGUGACUACCUGGAGAUGAGUAGGGGCGUGGUGGUGGUAAAACAGGAGGUGAUAAGUGAUGAGGAGCUGGGAGAAGGGUCUGAGGAGGACGAGGAAGAGGUGGAGGAGGAAAUGACACCUCGCAGGAGGAAAUCAGGGGAACAGACUGGGGCCAAGAGAGGCAGACCUAGGAAGCAGGCACUGGAAGAUGAAGAGGAGGAAGAGAGUGUUGAGAGUCUGGAUGACAGCGAACAGGAGGAGUUGGACCAGUUCUCUGACAACCAAGAUGAAGGCGGUGACGAGGACAGAGAUAUAGAAAAUGAGGAAUUACCUGUUGUAGAGAAUGUAAAGUCUGAGAAAAGUAAAGUGAUUCUACUGUCCCCAAGUCAAAUGAUCGAGGAUGAUGAAAAUGAUAACAAAGCAUCUGGUGGAGCAAUGAGCAAGAUUACGGACUCAACUGUACAGAACCUCAAGACAUCCAAUGUGAAGUCCUCAAUCCCACUGAUUUCAAAAGUUGGGAUUCGGACCGUGAAAGUUGGUAGCCGCAAAGUGAACGAGGAAGAAAAAGUGGCCAUGGAGAAAGAAAUGGAAAAAGUUGCACAGAGCCUAAAAGGCGAUAACCUGAGGUGUUCACUUUGUGAUGAAUAUCAGGCUGAGACUUUUUCUGAGCUCACAAAUCAUUUGAAAACGUUCCAUCAUGUUUACGAGCCACCCCGGUGCGAUGUUUGUGAGAUGGAUUUCGACAAUUGUCAGUCACUUGCCAAUCAUAUUGAGAAAAAACAUGGUCCUAAGAUGCAGCAAACGGUGUUUAAGAGCAAAGCGUUCCCAUUUCAGCAAGGCCUGAUGGCUCAUGACAGUAAAGUUCAUGUAAAUGGGGAAACGUCGUCCAAAGAAAAGAAAUAUGAUUGUGAGACCUGCCAUUUCAAAACCAAUUCAAGAGCUGACCUGUGGGAGCAUAAAAAGAUUAAGCAUAACGAGGCCAUAGAGUGCAAAUCGUGCAACAUGGUGUUUGUCAACUAUCAGACUCUCAAGUCCCACAACGAGGCCAAGCAUGUUGACGAUGGGGAGCUGAACUGUGAGAUCUGCAACAAACAUUUCAGAAGCAAAUGGACCCUGUUCCGUCACUUAAAGCUGCACAACUCUGCCAAGUACACCUGUACGCACUGUAAUAAGAAGAUUUCCACAAAGGCCUCGUUUGAGGAUCACCUGGAGACACAUAAACCUGAGAAUGAGCGACAGUACCGCUACCACUGUGUAUUCUGUGGCAAAGGCUUCAGGGUGAAAACUAACUACGAAGAUCAUCUAAAUAAGCAUACAGGGAAUCGGCCGUAUCAAUGUGACCAGUGCCUCAAGUCAUUUGGUUUCCGCAGCAUGCUCAAGAAGCACAAGACUUUCAUGCACUCUGCAGAGCGCCCGUUCAAGUGUGGCUACUGUAUGAAGGGAUUCAAGUUCAUGAACCUGUUGAAGAACCACAUGACCAUCCACACAAACGUGAGCAAACACACAUGUUUCUACUGCAACAAGAUCUUCUCCACUGCAUCCUCUUUGAAGUUCCACAUGAGGAAAUGUUCCCAGGUGCAGAAGCCACCCACAGAGGCCACACAGCAGUCUGGCAUGGUGGUGAUCUACCCCAGCGGACAGGGAAUCAUAACUGUGUCUGAAGCCUCGAUGGUGGAGGUUGGCGGUGUCAGGCCAAUGGGCAUUCCUGUCAUUGCUGCAACCCAGGUCCCGUUCCUGCCUGGUGAACAGAAUGUCGUGAUCACAGAAUCUUCAGGACAGAUUCUUUCUGGAGAUACCCGACUGGUUGUCCCAGAUGAAGGCGUUGCAAUGGGUAGUAAUUUGGUCACCAUGGAGAUAACGGAUCAGUUGACUGAUGCCGAAGCAAUUGUAGAAGCUACAUCACACGUGGCUACCCAGCUGGAGUUAUUUGCCUGUAGUGAGUGCAGUGCAACCUUUCACACCUAUGGUGAGGCAGAGACUCACAUUACCACGGCCCAUUGUGCCAUCCCCCUCACCAAUAUGUAGUGGCAGCCUCCAGGGAAAGAUCUUGGAUAUAAAUGAUACAGAGAUUUGAUGAAAAGGAUUUUUCUAAUCCAAGGAAUUUCUAAGCUAGGGGCAUUGUCUGCCCCCCCCCCCCCAAAAAAAAAAAAUGACACCAAUAGCAAUACCUUAACGUACCUUAAAGUUGUUAAGAUAUUUGAAUUACCUUCAGCUAGUUAUUUCUUGACAAACUCUUCUUCACAAAACCUUAAAAAAUAUUUAAAACAACAAGAAUUCUGUAAUUAAAAGGUUUAUUUUUUUUAAGAAAAUGUUCAGCCAGGAUAUCUUGUGAAUAAUUUUCAGAUCAAUUUUGGUUUUUAUGGAUUGCAUUUUGCACGUUCAAAUAAAACAAAUUAAUUAAAAGAAAAAAAGAUUACUUUGUGUUUGGCAAGGGCAGCAAUGAAAGCAAAAAUGAGCAGGAUGCAGCAUCCCGUUAUGUCUCUGUGAAUCUUUACCGUAACUUAUUGUCCUUUAAAACUAGAAUAGCCUAUCGGGCUUUGUACACACUAGGCAUGUUGUGGGAAAGUGAUGUCCAAGAUCGGAUAGGGGCACUUCAAGAUAACGCUUUUAAACUUCAAUAAAUUUAUGUUAAGAAAACCCUUAAAACAAGAUUGAUCAUUAGAGUGCAAAGUGUUCACUUUUAUAUCCAUGAAAAUACUGCAAAAAACGAUCUUAUAGUUGGGUUAUUCCUCGACUUCCAUUUAAACAUCUUAUCAUGUCAAUGACUAUUCUGACUUUCAAUAGUUUACAUUGAUGUAAUUGGGUAAUGAGUACUAUAUAACAAGCAUUAUUUCAAUAAUAUUGUACGGCUUUUGUCCAUGUUUUAUGUUUUGAAUGUUAUUUUCUGUAUAAUUGACAGUUAAAAUGCUGUCUUAAGACAGCUGUACAUUUUUUGUCUGAUAGCAUUCUUUAGGAAUAUGUAAUCUUCAAACAUUUAAACCUAUGUUCUGAAGUCACUUAAAUACACUUUACAUGUUUUCUACAAUACUUACGUUUUCUGUCACUGUUGGCUAUAGUUAGCACUAAAACACCUUAAAUAGACCAAUGAUUAAUAUCACAGCGUGCAUGAAUAUACAUAAAGAUAGAGCUUUCAAUAUGAAAUGACUUGAAAUCAUUGAUAUGAAUACCACGGACUUGUAAAUAAUAAUAGCUAUAUGCAUAUAUAGGCGUAAGCUUGAUACAAAAUGUUUCUUAAGUUUCUUUCGGAUUUUCAUGUGUGCAUGUACACCCCAGUUUCAUGUGAGAGUGGAGAUAGUGUUUUGCCAAUAGCCGUACGUCCUUUCAUUGUUACGUCGGUUUUAAUAUCUGCGUCGCUAGUAACUCUAGAAUUAUUGCUGCUAGAGGGAUGAGACUUAACAAACAUAUGUUAGAGUACAUGAACCUGGGCACCUGCAUAUUUUGUUUCGGAUUGUUUUUGGGACUUAACUAAAGUAAUGGCCCUUAUUUAACGACAUUCUUUAACUUGUGUUGCUUGUAACUCGGUAUGUUUCGCUGUCACAGGGAUGCAACUUUACAAACCAGCAUGUUAAAUAAGUAUCAACUAUGGGUAUCGCAAUAAAUUUGGUUCGGAUGUUUUCAAUCUUCCAAUCUUCAUGGAACUUACUUGAACAAUUAUUGGAAAUGGCUUGGUUAAAAACAUGGCCGCUACCGGUGGGGGGCUUUAAUUUAUUUUGAUUUAUGUAAAACUGUGUGAACUCUCUUGAAGUCGCAUGGUUUACCCAAUCAUGAAACUUGCUUAGAUAAUUGUACUUAACAUAUGUAAGCCAUGGUUCCGAUUCAUUGAAAAACACGGCCACCAGGGGUCAUGGCAUUUUCCCUUGUAUGGUUGUAGUGAAGCAUAGGGUACACUAGAAGUCGAAGUUUUGCCGGAUUAUUAUGAAACUUGUUUAGAUUGGGUAUCCUAUGUUAUGCUUACGUUGCAAAACGUUGUGUGUGUGGGUUUGUGCGCUGUUGCAUGCAAGAGACCUGUGAAAAGUUGAGAUGGGCAACCGCGUUAUAUCUUUACAGCACGAGUAGAAACACAUAUACUCACAUUUGAUGAAUUUAAAUCUGACUGCAUCGGUAAUUGUUUCAAUAUAUUAAUUGCAGCUGUUUUUUACCUCGCCUGAGCACAAUGUGCUCAUGGUGAGCUUUUGUGAUCGCCUUUCGUGCGCUGUGCGUCGUCAACAUUUGCCUUGUUAACACUCCAGAGGCCACAUUUAUUGUCCGAUCUUCAUGAAAUUUGGCCAGAAGAUUCGUCUUGAUGAUAUCUUAGACGAGAUUGAAAUAUAUAACGGUUGCUUGAAAAACAUGGCCGUAAUGGGUCGGGUCAUUUUUCCAAAUAUGGCUAUAUAUAUAUAUAUAAAUAUAUAUAUAUAUAUAUAUAUAUAUAUAUAUAUAUAUAUAUAUAUAUAUAUAUAUAUAUAUAUAUAUAUAUAUAUGGCUUAAGUACAACCCAAUUAAAACUGUAGAGGCCACAUUUAUUGUUCGAUCUUUGUGAAAUUUUGCCAGAAGAUUUGUUCCAAUGAUAUCGAGGACGAGUUCGAAAAUGGUUGAAAAACAUGGUCGCCAGGGGGCGAGGUAGUUUUCCUCUAUGGCUGUAGUAAAACCCGUUAACACUCUAGAGGCCACAUUAAUUGUCCGAUCAUCAUAAAACUUUGUCAGAAGAUUUUUCCCCAUGAAAUCUUGGCCGGAUACGAAAAUGGUUUCGGUUGCUUGAAAAACAUGGCCGCCAGGGGACAGGGCAUUUAUCCGUUUAUGGCUAUGUAUGGCUGUAGUAAAACCUCGUUAGCCCUCUAGAGGCCACAUUUAUUGUCCGAUCUUCAUGCAACUUGGUCAGAAGAUUCGUCCCAAUGGUAUCUUUGAUAAAAUUGAAAAUGGUUCCGGUUGGUUGAAAAACAUGGCCGCCAGGGGGCGGGGCAUUUUUCCUCAUGUUGCUAUAGUAAAUUUCUAGUAUUUCUAGUAUAGUUUCUCAGGUGAGCGACCCUGGACAUUUCAAGCCAUCUUGUUUCUUAUUUAACAUUCUUUAAUUGCAAUAAAAUUGUUUAAUAAAUAAUGUUGACUUAUCGGUUAA